GCUAAAAUUACUAAGUACUCGAUUGGUUUACAUAAAGAUACAUACAUCGUAGAUACUCGGUUAUUUCCGUCAUCGAUGAUAGGAAAGGACGAACUUUUCCGAGUGCGUCAUUACUUCCGCCAUCUUUGACAUUGGUAAACAACGAUCAAGAUAGAAGAUGGGGGGUAUAACUAGUCGAGAUGCUGGGGAAGAAGAAGUCGAUACAGCAUCAACGAAUGCGUAUCGAUACCCACCUAAAAAUGAUUGUACCAAAUAAUUACGGAAAUAUAUCAGGAUGAUCAAUCCCACAGCUGCAUUGCAAGGCUUAGUCAGAUCACUGUCAAUGCAAUUGAUCAACCCAUAUACAGACAUUACCUCAGAUGGUAACUACUUUGGGAGUUGCUUCUACAUGGGAGGGGAGAGAUUUGAGAUGAGCCAGCCUGAAGCGUAUUUAUUUGGAGAGAACUCCGACCUGAACUUCCUGGGAAACAAACCAAUCCCAUUUCCAUAUCAAGGGUCCACAUCUGGAAGCGAGCCAACAAAGCCAUUAAAAAGCCUCGUCAACAUUCGUAAGGACUCCCUUAAAUUUGUGAAAGUAGACGACAAUGAUGAGGGUUCGGAGGGAGAGAAAUCGGACUCCAUGAACACUCGUUACAAUAUCGAGUUCACGUUCGAUUCAGACUCCAAAUGUGCAAUCACCAUCUACUAUUUUGCUACAGAGGAUGUCAGUAAUGGACAAAUAACGUUUCAGACCAGGGAAUCCUCUCUGAAUUCAGAAGUGUUUCAUUACAAAAGAGGUGCUAAUCAACUGUUCUCACAAACAACUCACAUCCUGGAUCCCAGUAAAUUCACCGAUGAGGAGUGGCAGUAUGACCCUAUCAAGGACACUAUCCCUGUGGUCAUCAGCUGUGUAGUGGAAGAUGAGGAUCAUCCGUGUCACUGUCACAUGACCUAUGCAGUGGUGGAGAAGAGCUCUGUGGAUGGUAGUUACAUGAUCAAAGCAUUAAAACAGAAACAAUUUGUGGAUGGACUUCUCUACUUGUUACAGGAAAUUUAUGGCAUCGAGAACAAACAGAUAGACAGGUCUAAGCUGGAAGAUCCGGAUGAUGAGGUGGAAGAUAGUGGAGCAGAGUGUGUCAUCUGUAUGUCAGACAUGCGUGACACGCUUAUCCUCCCGUGUCGACAUCUGUGUCUGUGUAGUAACUGUGCUGAAUCCCUGCGAUACCAGGCCUCUAGCUGUCCCAUCUGUCGGUCACCAUUCAGGGCAUUGCUACAGAUCCGGGCCAUGAGGAAGAAGCAACCACUGUCGGUACAAACAGGUGAGACGGGAGAGGAAAACCCAGUCAGUCAAGAGGGGGUCCCCACAGGGUACGAAGCAGUGUCCCUGAUAGAGGCAGUCAAUGGACCGUGUAACCAACUCUUCACUGUCGAUGGAGUAGGUUUGCAGCUUCCGUUGCGGACAGUAGCCCCAGGGGACACCGACAGCAGCUACAGAGAAAAGAAGCGACUCUCCAAGAGGCACGUCAUCAGUGUGAAACCAGAGGACCCUGUAGUAAAUCCUAGCGUCCGACCUGAUGAUAAAAAAGUCCUGGAUGAGGAGGAAGAGGAAAGAAAGAAAGAUGUACCAGUGGAGGUUGUCAAGAUGGAGAGAAAGUCCUCUAAAAAGGAGGCCAUCAAAUCACAAUACACAGAGGACAAAGAUAUGUCUGAUGAAUUAAAUGCUUCUAAAAUCGUGACUGUGUCGGAAGAUUACAACACUGAUAGCUUAGACAGCAAGGGGAUGCGACCUGCCACUCUGAGGGUGUAUGAAUCUGAGGCAGACAGUGACUACGAUCUGAAGCCGAUUGCAUUAAAUCAGGGCCAGACAUCAACAGAGAAUUUGGCAGAUGAUGAAAGAGAGGACAGCUCAGAAACCGAGCCGGAACCUGAACCAGACUAUGAUGAUGAUGUAUCAACAGUUUAUCACAAAGUUGGAUUUAGAGGAAUCAAGAAUCCAAUGUUUCUGAACAGGCAGUGAAAUCUGAAUCGACACCAAAUGUUUCACAUGACCCAGGCUUAACAAAUUAUGAAGAACAAGGAGUGACUUACGUAAAGGGACUGAGUCUUAGUAUGAAUGACAUGAACAGAGACAAUUCUGGCUAUCAUCCACUGUGUCUGCAAAGCGAUGCGUCAUUACCAGAGCACUCCACAAGCGGAACAGAAGCCUCAAGCUUUGGAAGCACAUACAGUUCAGGGAAGCUUCUGCUAGACAACGCAGAAAGCACAGACUGAGAGAUUGGGGGGAGGGUUUAUGUAGUGUCUAUUCAAAGCUUUAAUGGCAGAAAAGACUAGUUAUAUAAUAUCAUACUUCACUGUCUAAACAAAUUUCUGUUUAAUCUACCUUGUGAAAGUGAAAGCUGGUUUCUUCACUCCAGGUCUGAUCAUGAUGUUGUAUGUACAGUACCAUUGGAAUAUUUCGCUGUAAAAUAUCAUUUUUCAAUCACUCUAAUUAUUAUCAAGAGCAUAUAUAUGAUAUUUAUUCAUUUAUUUGAAUUAAUAAUGUCUUAUCAUUGUGAUGUGGGAAAGUAUAUUUAUUUUUAGUUACUAGUGUUUGUCAAUGGUAUUGUGGUCAGAGAAGUUCCAACUGACUAUAAAGCUAUUGUCCAUGAAUGGAUGACUCAGAGGGUCAUCAUUUCUGAUCCACACAUGGUACAUAUUUCAAGGAGUGAAUCUGAUGUUUUAUAAAAAGAUACAACUAAUGUACAAGACUGUGAUAUUGUAGAAAAUUUCUGCUGUGAUGAAAACUUUUCUAUCACCCCCCCCCCCCCCCCCCCCCCCCCCUCCACUCUCUCACCCUCCCUGAAAAAAGAAGAAUUUUGAAGCAAGAAAUGAUGUGUGUAUGGUUUCCAAAUGAGAAUUAGAUAAAUCGUCAAAAUCUGGAAUGAAUUAGUUAGACUAUCUCUGAAUUAAAUGAGUGGUAUAAAGAUAUUCUGAUAAGCAUAAUUUCAUUUCACACAUUUAGAAAGUAAUACAUGUACAUGUGUGUUGCUCUUUGUGAACUGUUUGGAAAAUUCAUGCCUGUGACUCAAAUUUGAACAUUUAAGUCCUGUCUGAUCUAGACAUGUAAGUACAUUUUAUGAGAGAUGCAAACAUGCAUUUGAUAGAUUUAAAUAGACAAAUGUCUAUAUAUUUAAGCAAUGAAUGUUAAAAUUUUGAUGUCUAUGUUGACAAUUGUAUGCAAACAAAUGUACACUUGUUCAUAUUAUCAGUGUGACAGAUGUCAAAAAUUCAAAAACAUUUGGUACUUAGGCGUAUAUAUACAUUGUGUUUAGAUAUCCCAUUUCUUAAAUAAUUCUCUGUGCUUUUCACUCACCAGAACAGCCAUGGAUGAUUAACCAUAGAUGCUUUCUGCAACAUAAUUGGUCGAACUGGAAUUGUGACAUCGUUGUUGUUUUAUAGUGUUGCACUGUGAUGUCACUGCAAAUGUUGUCGAUUGAAUCACAACACAUUUAUCUGUUAUUUAUAGCAAAGUCAUGUUGGAUUGUAUAUAGUGAUUGUUUAAAUUGUGCAUUUGAAAACAGUGCUAGGAGGCGGACACAAACUUGUGUUUGAUUUCUGUUGAGGCUACCAUGUUUUUCUCUACCAUAAUCUCAAGUCUGUAUUCGGUGCUUCAGUGUGAUAAACACUCACUCAUUUUGCUUUUUAUUCCACAAGGUUUAAAGACUGUGAUCUUGCCAGUGGAUGUGUUAUCAAGUUCUGUAUUGAAUUAUGUGAUUUUGAGUAGAGAAGUUAGGGAUAAUUACUGUGUGUUGUAUAUGAUUGUACAAAAAUUUACAAUUCCCUCAACUUUGUUGUGCAAUGAAUAUGAAUUGUUAUAUAAAACUGAAAAUAUUU